GGUCACGUGAGUCUGGCGGCGUAUGCGCUUCCGGGUGAGCCGGGGCGCGCGGCGGAGCGGGCCGUUUCCGCGGCGGCGGCGCGGGCGAGGCCGCGGCCCGUCCCGUUCCCUCCCCCCGCUCCGUCCGUCUCCCGCCAGAACCAACGCAACCAAGAGCUUCAACUGGCUUGGACUUGUAUGUCGGCAGAAUGGUUUAUUAUGUUGCAUUACUGAGGAUUCCUUGUUGCUGGUGAUGGGUGAGCCUGAAAAAACGCGGCGUGACUUGCACAUCACAGGCUCUUCUUUAGCCCACUGUCCUGAAGACAAGAGGGUUCUGGCUGAUUAGGAGUCUCUAUUAGCAAUUCAAGUUGGCUGGAGAAUGGAAGGUGUUGAGUUUAAGGAAGAAUGGCAAGAUGAAGAUUUUCCAAGGCCCCUGCCAGAGGAUGAUCCUGUUGAGUCAGAUAUAUUGGCUGCAGCUGGAACAGAAGCUGAAGCUGAGGUUAAUGGAACCAAAGCGAGGAAGAAACUAACGGCUCCAGAUAUUAGCUUAACUUUGGAUCACAGUGGGGAGUCUGUUUUGUCUGAUGACUUGGAUGAGAGUGGAGAGAUCGAUUUGGACAAUUUAGACACUCCUUCAGAAAAUAGCAAUGAGUUUGAAUGGGAAGAUGAUCUUCCAAAACCAAAAACUACUGAUGUAAUUAGGAAAGGAUCACUUACUGAAUACACUGCAGCAGAGGAGAAAGAUAAUGAUCGACGCUGGCGAAUGUUUAGGAUUGGAGAACAGGACCAUAGGGUGGACAUGAAGGCAAUUGAACCCUAUAAAAAAGUGAUCAGUCAUGGUGGUUAUUAUGGUGACGGGUUAAAUGCCAUUGUUGUGUUUGCUGUUUGCUUUAUGCCUGAAAGCAGCCAGCCUAACUACAGAUACCUAAUGGACAAUCUAUUUAAGUAUGUAAUUGGCACUUUAGAGCUGUUAGUAGCAGAGAACUAUAUGAUAGUUUACCUGAAUGGUGCAACAACACGGAGAAAAAUGCCAAGUUUAGGCUGGCUUAGGAAAUGUUACCAGCAAAUUGAUAGAAGGUUAAGGAAAAAUCUGAAAUCAUUAAUCAUAGUUCAUCCUUCUUGGUUCAUCAGAACACUUCUGGCCAUCACAAAACCUUUUAUUAGCUCAAAAUUCAGCCAAAAAAUUAGGUAUGUCUUUACCCUGGCAGAACUAGCUGAACUCAUCCCCAUGGAAUACGUUGGCAUCCCAGAAUGCAUAAAACAGUAUGAAGAAGAAAAGUUUAGAAAGAAACAGAAAAGAGUUGACCAAGAGCUGAAUGGAAAACAAGAGCAGAAAAGUGAACAGUAAGUGUGGAGUCCAAACAAGACUGAAGAAUAUGCAGAUGGAACGAUGCUGGUUUUGCUCCAUUUACGAUGCAUUCUCUGUGCGUGUAUAUAUUCUAUAACCUGUUGCAAGAGGUGCUUAAGUUCAUUGGACUAGCACGUGAUGGACUGCUUACUGCUGUAUUGGUUUGUCUUGACUUUAAUAGCUAUGUUUGUGUAAUCAUCAUUUUAUACUGCUAAAUGUCAAAGAACCCUAUGUUUUCAGAGGAUGUUCUUGCAAUUGUUUAUCUAAAUGAUGCAUGUUCUUCAGUAAAAUAUUUAUAUACCUAAAUGUUAAAGGAAAGAGAUAAUAUAUAUUUUUAUGACUGAGCAAUAUAUUCUGUGUACCUGCUGAAGGAAUUCAUUUGCAGGUAGACAAGGCCAUAAGUUACUUGUUAUUGUAUAAACCUGUUUUGCUGUAAAUGGUCAAGUGCAUUUCUUUGUUGUCACAGAAGCCUUAAUUUUUUUGGAUAUUAGCAAUCGCAUAAUGUAGUCUUUCACAAGUGUGGAGUUCCUUAUUUUGUUCACAUACCUAAUAGAAGCAGUACUCAUUUACCUCACUAGAGUGAGCUUGAGCUUUGGUGUCUUAGAGUCUGUUUUUCAGAAUGCAGAACUGCAGUUCUAUGAACUUUGGUCUGUUGGCCAAAGGGUUUAAGCCUAAGCCACAAUAGAAGCUGAACUGUUUCAAUGACUAGUGAGAGAUCAGACCUUUCUCCAGUUGUGAAUUUAGAUUCUGCUUCAGUAAAUCAAGGAAAUGAGUUCAUUGCAGUUCUUCCUGGAUCGAUGUCGGUUGUUACUGGUAGGAAUUCUGGUCAUGCUCAGGAGAGCUUGGGAGUUGUAUAGAUAUUCUAGUCAUAAUAUCAAUUGUUCACAGAGGUGUGGGGAGUAUUAUGCUACCUGUGUCAUCCUUGUAAGUGAAACAUCCAUUUCUAAAGCUCUUAGUUUGGCACAUGAUACCAGCACUAAUUUCACUUAACAGCAAAAAUUAUUUAAAGGUUGUGGUGGGGUUUUUUUAUCCCAACAACGGUAGUAAACUUCUGUCUAUAAGAGGUGCCCUUGGACACAUAACUAGUGCUUAAAGGUUUAUCAAGGCAAAAAUAAUUCACUGCUUGGUAUGUUGUAAAAGUUUGUAACAUCUUUUGAUAAUCAUUGCUAUUUCCCUGUAAGGACAGGUGCAUGAAAAUAAAUCCAUUCAGGAGUUGAGCAAUAUAAUAUCGGAACAAAUAAGUUAAAUCUUUGCUUUAUUUUUAUUGCGCUCACAAUUUUGUCUUGAUGCCAAAAAUACCAGUUCUCAAAUGUAUUAAAAGUUAGUGUUAUACAGAUCUCUUAUUAAAAAAAAACAAAAAAACAAAAAAACAAAACGGAAAAGGUUGCAUUCAACCAGAUUACUACCUGACAUUGAUAAAUCGCAGUCGAGGGUGCUCCAUGGUCAAGACUUACUACCAAUUAACAAUUAAUCUACUGUCUCUAAUGAUACGUGUAUAGACUCUGAGAGCAUAUUCUUGUCAGAUGAGGGCAAAUUGCCCAUGUCUUGUCUCUGGGAGUUUAAUUUUGCAAUUCGAGACUUUCAUCUCAAGAUCUAGGUACUUUUGUUAUAGUAGUUUCUGUAUCACAGUUUCAAAGAGAUAAAUGUUCAGGAUGUUCUCUUUCAGCAGACAGUGCUGAUUUCAAGUUGCCUUGUAUCCGUUUCAUCAGGUUUGGAUCUUGCUCUGAGAGCAGAACACAAACAUGAAGCAGUUUCUUUGGGGCUGCUUCAGUUUUGAUGUUGACGCAGGUUAUUGUAAAGUUCCAGUCGGUAAAUUGGCCACUUAGAGCCUUUCUACUUCUGAUCCUUUACAGAGCACUGUGUAUGAACAUGCAAACCUGUAAACCUUUCUGAUUUUUACUGACUCUGUGUGGGUCCUGAGCUGGAUACUAAGCAUUCUGAUCAUCUCAUUUCAAAUUUUUACUGAUUUUAAAAAAGUAUUCUUCUCAGUAAAAUCAUAUUCUUAGUGGAAGGAUUGCAGUUCUAUAUGUCUCGUUGCUUCCUGUGCAUAUAGUGCAGCAUAGAGUAGCGGGUCCUCUGUAUAGGCCAUAUUAUCAAAUGAUGGGAUUCUUACUGUUCUUCCUGGUGGCUGAGGGAUUCUGCUGUUCCAUGCUGCAGCACCUAACGGUUUAUUUCUGUAGUAUAAGUUUUUGUGAAUGAAUAUACAGCACGACAGUCCUUCAGUCCCUAAAGAUACGCAGCUUGAGAAACAGAUGUACUAAAGAAUGAGGCCCCUCUGACCUUUUACAGCUCAUCAUUUAAUGGUGAGGUGGAUGUUUACAAAAAGCAAAGAGGUCCCAAAGUUAUCUUGAACACAAGUGGGUAACUUCUUGUUAGACUUACCUUUUUCUAAAUCUAUAAAAUAACUUAAUAUAUUAUAGUAUUUAAAAACAUGAGAAGUUGGAAAGUCAUACUUUAAUAAAAGUUACUUCAAAACCUGAAUCACUUUGUGAUAAGAUAGAGCAUGUAGGGAAUUCACCUUUCAAUGGCACUUCCUUCUAAAAGUAAAGCUCAUGUGGCUAGAAUAGUUUGAGCCCUGUCAAGGAAGGAUAAUUACAUGAGUCACCAAUUUACCUUAGAUUUGGAGGUCUCACCGGUCUUUUUAUAUAUAUACAUACAUAUAUAUAUAUAUAUGUGGUAAUAAACCAUUAGGGAUCUUUUGUUAUUACUGUGUGCAACUGAAAUAGAGAUGUUUGGGCCAGUGGCCUCUCUUGUGUGUGGAUGUGACAUUUUGUCAGCUGGAUUUCUACAGCAGGAUAAGUGUUUAGAAGUGGCAAAGAUAUUUUGGAGAAAGUGUCAUUAAAAACUGCUGUGAGCAGACUCUAGAUGGCUUGAAUGCUCCUGACGUUCUGUGUAGCGUGGCAAAGCCAUGUUCUGUUGGAAAGGAACAGAGAGGGAUGUAUGAGGGUUUAGUGGUGAAGCAGAUUGAAAUCUUUGAUGUUCUGGGAUGUUAAAAAGGAGGAUAUUUUUUGUUCCAAAAGGCUUAGAACAUGUUAGAAUCAUAUGUAACCUUGUUCAUAACAAUGCAGUUUAGCAUAUUUUUCUCCUCUCUUUUCAGUGAACAAGUGAAGAAUAGUACUUCUUACUGUGAGGAACUUUGUACUGAGAAACAGUAGUUAUAUUCUGAAUUGCAGACAAUUAGUUUAUAGCCUGUGUCUGUUGGCAUGUUUCAGCAGGUUUGUUGCAUCACGCACUUUAAUGCUCUAAUGACAGCUUAAACCCUUUCAAAAGUUAAUUUGUGCCAGACUUCCAGAUGAGAUUAUAUGUUGGUGGCAAUGGAGUCUUUUAUGAAAUGAUCUUGAAGUGUGUCAUAGGGCGGAGAGGGCAGCUUUGGUGCCCUGUCAGAUGUCGGCUUCACUGAUGUCAUCUACUGAAAUGACUGUAGUUCACAGAAAAUAAUGGAACUGCAUAGUUCAGUAAAGUGCCCGUUCACAAAGUCUGUCUCAAAGAAGUUUCUUGGUGAAAGUGUAUUUCUUCCAGUGUCAAAUUUGUGUCUGUGUAUCCUAUGGAUUUAUACAAUAUUUAUUAUGUAGAAAGAUGGCAUAAAUGCAUCUCUUAUCAAACGCUGUUGUCUUUGGAGAUGACUUUAAUUCUCAAGUCAUUCUGUUUUCCCUCAGAAAAGUCUCCUAUGAGGAGCAGAGGGGAGAGGGAUAAUAGCUUGCCUGCUUCUUCUAACUGCAAAAGUCUUACAAAGCUUUCGGUGAAAAUUCUUAUUCAGUCCUUGUGGAUGCAGGUCAUUCUGGAGAGGAUUUGUUUCACCGACUGGUUGUCAGAGACACUUGAAUAAGUGCUUUAAUGAUACUUUUGAGGAUACCUGGUUUUAGUCAGGGUAGCACUCUGAAAUUUAAGGAAUAUUUAAAUAUUCAUAUUCUGAAAGACAGAUUUUUCAGCUUUCCUAGCUUCAAAAUUUUAAGUUGAAAUACAUCGUGUCCCUUAUCACAUCUUGUUCCCUGUAUUGCACUAACAGGAAGAAGGGCAGUAGUGAAGAGGCUGCAGUCGUGUUACAGGUUUUCAUCCUUCCCUUCAAGCACGACCAAGAGCAGUGAAAUUAAUUUUGCAAAGUGGACUGCCCAGAUAACUGAUUGAAACAUACAGAUGUUUUUUUUAUUAUUUUUUUUCAGUAUUGAAAAUGAUCUGAGAGGAAGUUGCUGGAGUGUCUUCAAAAAGUCCUUAUCUUACCAUGCUCCUUACUGUAGCUUGCUCAGCUGCUAGUUAAUAUUUAUGACAUGGAAUUCCAGGUUAACAAUUAAAAAAAAUAUUUCUAGAAGACAGAUGUUUAUUUUCCCCAUGGCUCUGCAGUGAUUCUUAUUCAGUCAUCUGCAUGAAGGCUUUUAUUAAGAAGAGCUGGAGUAGUGGGGUGCUCUGCCAGUUCAGUGGUAGAUAGAAGGGUCAGAGGUUGCUAAUUAGGAUCAGUAAAUGUUAAUAUGUGUGAUAUGGGAAAGAUGCAGUAUUUAAUAAAGUGAAGCUGCAGUAGUCACGUGAAAACUUAAGUUGUGAAUCCUAGAUGAUACAACUGGUUUCAGUUGACUGUUCCUCUCAGAUGUGACCGUUUUCCUUUGCCCCUUUGCCAUAAAGUGAUGUUAAGUACAAGACACUUCACCUACCUCUUCAGAAUGUUAUCAUCCUUCCUUUUUAAAUAAGCUUGUUUUCUGUUUGCAUUCCACGGUGUCACCGAGUAAUGUGAUAAACACGUUUCUGAAUGUGCUAGCUGUUAAUAUUUACGGGAAACUUUUUAAUUGGGGAAUGAAAAAAUAAAUGCUAUAUGCGAUAAAUACCUUUG